AUUGCAUUGCAAUUUGCUUGGCAGCCGCAAUCGUAAUAAAGUGUCAGUUUUGUCAGAAAGGAAGUAAGCACAUUGUGUUCAAUUUGUUAAAUUAUAAAAUAUCUCCGUAUAUAUCUUUGGCUUAAAUAGUGUUAAUCAUCGUCGAGUACAAUGCCGUUCCAAUGAUGGAGUCAUUCAUCUGAGCCAGACAGAAUUCUAUGGAAUACAACUUCGCUAGUCAGACUGCUACAUACAUUUUCCGCGGUUAAGAAGUAUGUAUAGCAAUGAAGAAAUGCGAUGCCUGCCGUAACCGUACCGAUCGGGGGGCUCCGGACCAGCCUGGGGAUGACCGGGACCCCCUGCUAAACACUCCUACCAUCUUGCAGGAGGAGCCCCAUGAUUUACCGAACUUAACGUGCGGCAUUUGCACGAUGUUUCCGUCGUGUAUGUCGCUGCUGCCGCGCCGCAACGAGCCGCGUCCGCCGCGCCCCGGCCAGGCGCCCGUCGUGCUCAACGUUUACGACAUGUAUUGGACCAACUGGUACACAGCGGGCGCGGGCGUGGGCGUGUUCCACAGCGGCGUGCAGGUGCACAGCUCGGAGUGGGCGUACGGCGGACACCCGUACGCGUUCACGGGCGUGUUCGAGAUCACGCCGCGCGACGAGCGCGAGCUGGGCGAACAGUUCCGGUUCAGGUAUACAUCGUCAACAGCCAACUGUCGGCAGGUACACAGCGGGCGCGGGCGUGGGCGUGUUCCACAGCGGCGUGCAGGUUCACAGCUCGUUGUGGGCGUACGGCGGACACCCGUACGCGUUCACGGGCGUGUUCGAGAUCACGCCGCGCGACGAGCGCGAGCUGGGCGAACAGUUCCGGUUCAGGUAUACAUCGCCAACAGCCAACUGUCGGCAGGUCCACAGCGGGCGCGGGCGUGGGCGUGUUCCACAGCGGCGUGCAGGUUCACAGCUCGUUGUGGGCGUACGGCGGACACCCGUACGCGUUCACGGGCGUGUUCGAGAUCACGCCGCGCGACGAGCGCGAGCUGGGCGAACAGUUCCGGUUCAGGUAUACAUCGCCAACAGCCAACUGUCGGCAGGUACACAGCGGGCGCGGGCGUGGGCGUGUUCCACAGCGGCGUGCAGGUUCACAGCUCGUUGUGGGCGUACGGCGGACACCCGUACGCGUUCACGGGCGUGUUCGAGAUCACGCCGCGCGACGAGCGCGAGCUGGGCGAACAGUUCCGGUUCAGGCAAAGUGUGCACAUAGGCUACACGGACUUCAGCGAAGAAGAGGUGAGGCGGCUCGUCACAGAACUCGGCAAACAGUUCCGCGGUGACAGGUACCAUCUCAUGAACAACAACUGUAACCAUUUUACGUCCGCCUUUUGUUUGGCGCUGUGUGACCGGGACAUCCCCGCGUGGGUCAAUCGGCUCGCCUACGUCAGCUCCUGUGUACCUUUCCUACAACGCUGCUUACCAAAGGAAUGGCUGACGCCGGCAGCGCUACAACACUCCCUGGCGGCGCACUCCCGCUCCUCCUCACCUGCCACCCCCUCUACGCCUCAAUAGCGCCACGAAAACCUGCAUUCAUGCAGACCCAAAAGAAAACGUGUUGUGCGUAUUAAUUAGAUAUAAAAUUAGUUGACCAUACAUUUGGCGUAUUGUCGAACGUACUUCUAGAAUUAGAAAUGUUGCCAGGUAGCAAAAAGGUUCACUGUGUUGUCAGUUGAAAAAAUUACAACGAAUUUUUUUUCGUUUUCUUUAUAUUUUGAUGUCGAAUGUUUUUAUUUACCUGGCAACUAAAUUGGAAUCGUAUCAAUGCAAUGGCGACUUUAUUGCAAAGAUGGCGAUCUGUAGGUGUUUAAAUUAUCUGUAUAAUAUAAAAUUUUUGUCUGUCAUUUACAUAGUAAGUUAUUCCUAAAAAAAAAUUGUUUUUAUAUCUAAAUGUGUUUACUACAUGCCCGGUAUGUUAAUCAAAUCCAUAGAAAAGCAAUUUUCGCUUUGCCGUCUACAUUGCACAUACCAUCUUUUAUUCCAAUAUGAUAUAACUAUUAUUUAAAUUAAUAAUGUAACAAUAGACUUGCAUAAAAAAAUCUGACUGCUCAAAAAGUGAUUUUGAAGUUCCUAAAAAAUUUAAAACAUUUUAAUAAACUUUUGAAUUGCUGAAUACAUCUUUCUUGCUCAUAAUUAUUUUGGAAAAUACCACAUAUUUUACAAACAUAAUAGUACAGAUUAAAUUGUUAAAAUAAUCAAACUUGAUGUUUCAAAAGUGCUUGUAAACAAAGCCCUACUUAAAGUAACGUAAUUUGAAUUUAAAAUAACACAAAAUAUAACAAUAAUAACAGGCUGUAUGUUAAUCGACCUUUGCCUACCUUAAAAUCACUUUAAAAAUAUAAAAGAUGCAAUACCUUUUUUAAAAUCCUAUUUAAACACAAACUCAGAGUUAAAGUUUAAAAUGUCAAUGUUAUUAAGCACUUUGUAGGUUUAAAAUUAUACAUACGUAGUUUUAGGGUUCCGUCCGUUGAAUGUUUUGAACUAGACUAACAAUAUCUUAAUAUAUUCAAUGUGAAGAAUAAUGUAUGAUAAUCUUAAAUCAACGUAUAUGCCUUAUAAAAUACAGUAUGUUCUUAAUCAAAUUGAAUUGAAUAUUUAAAUCAUAAUUUUGAAACACAUUUUGUUUUUUUUUUAACUUUUACUUUUUUAGAAAAACUAUUUGAAUACUAUAUACUUUUCCAUUUCAAGUUUCAACUAAAUGAGUGUUUGUUAUUGUUUGUAUUGAAAAUACUAAACAUAAACAGAUGUUGAAAUGUUUAAAAGAUUUCUUUUUAAAUAAACUGAAAUAGAUAACGUUUAACUAAUUAAAAUGAUUUUUUUAAAAUGUAUUUGGAUUAUAAAUGUAUUUGCUUGAUAUAUCAAUAUGACUUUAUGUCAUGACACAUGUUUAUUUGUCGUUUUUUGAUAUAUUUAUAAAGAAAAGCCACCUACAAAAAAUAUAGAACAAUAAAAUAAAAGGAAAAAUAUAACUGCACAGUGCUUACUAAAAUUUAUUUCUUAGUUUCAUGAAAAAAAAAUCAUAAUAUAUUAAAAAUAAAUAUAAUAUUGUAGUAUAUAAGUAAUUUAAAUCGAGUUUUUCAUGAUAUAUACCAAGUGCCAUGACAGUUUAGAUAAUAAUAAUAGUCAAUCAAUUAAAUUAUAAUAAUUGAUUGUUAGUUAAAAUUUAAUUGACUUCUUUAGUAUAGUUAAAAAGUUUAAUAAUAUUGAAUACUUGGUUAUACAAUGUAUAUGCAGCCAAAUGACAAAUUAACCCCUGAGAAAUGUGUUAAAAUAAGUUGUAGUUUAUCCUCAGAAUAUAAUAUGUAUACAGGGUGCUCGGGAGUGUUUCCCAUAACUUCAAGGUGUUGACAAGUCCACUUAUAGGAGCCGAACUGCAUAACUAAGUUUUCAUACAAAGUAAUUCAAAAAAUUCCGACUAUUCAUGUAACACACGCCUUAAAAUCUAUCCUUGAAUUUUAAAAUAUGUAAUCGUAGAGGUAAGACUGUCGAUAUCGUCGAGAUAUUGCAACAUCGCAUUUCACUAGUAAGCUACUUCAUGAUCUAUAUCAAUGAAUAAGUUUGGCUAAGUCAUAAUAUAAGGAUGCGAUUUAUGGGACACAAUUUAAGAUUUAUUUCAAAAGAAAUGUUUUUUACUCCGAAAAUAUUCAUUUUAGAACACAUGUUCUUUAGACAUUUUUAAUUAAUUUUCCUUACAGAAUAUAACUCUAUGCUAUGGGAAAUACAACCGAGCAUCCUGUUGGCUGUCAUCAUUAAAAUGUCCAACUAACCUAAGGUCAAAAAAUAAACAUAUUGUAAGCACAAAAUAACAGCCUCUGUUGAAAUUAUAUUGUUGAAAAUAUGCAAUAAAGUUAUUUUCGAGUCAUCGCCACCUCUAGAUCCUUCAGUAGUCCCAAGAUACACGUCAUAAUAAAAUAACUAAACUAAAUUUUCUCUAUAUAUUGCGCUCUCUUUCCGAUACGGGAUAAUUGGAAACAUUGCUUUCUCUUUCGUGCCAACGCAACGAAAGAGAGAGCGAUAUAAACGAGUCUCGGGAUACGUCGUACGCAUCUUAGGCCUACUGUGGCGCUUACAUGCGACCAACAAGAUAAUCUCGUAAAGAGAAGUAGAGUGCGUACACAAUAAGUUUGCGCGUGGCCAAAAUCGGAACUAAUCAAAAGUGCCGCCAUCUUGUCGUCUAUCUCUAUCUAACUCUUGCCGGGUAAAAGAGAUCACUAACGCUGGCAACAAAUUGCGAUGCAGACUUAUCUUGCAUGUACUCUAGACAAAAUUCAACCAAUGGCUGCGCAACCGGAAAUACUGCUAUCUCUUUAAUUGCGUUGGUAUAAAAGACUGGAACAACUCCGACGCCAUUGGACAAAAUUUUAAUUUAUUCUCACGGUGGCAUGUUGACAGAUUGAAAAGAGAACGAAUAUGUACUCGCGCCAUAUUUUUAACUUCAUCCUAAUGUAAGUUUUCAGAUUAUUGAGAAACAUAGCAACUAAAUUAUUACAGAUUAUUAAUCUAUUUAAAUAAAAUUAAAGUUAGCUUCUAGAAUUAGCUCUAAGAUACUUUCAAAUUGUUAUAUCGGUUUGACAAUGCGCCAAAAACAUUAUGACGUUUUUCAGAUAGGAACAUUAUUAAUAAUACUAAAACUAAAAUGGCGUCGAUAUUUAGUUUCACCAAAAAUAGUUUAAAGGUACGAUACGAAGUGACGUAUUAUAAUCACUUACUCGGCAAUCCGUUUUUUUACAUUGUUUACUUGUUUUUAUUUCUAAAUUGCUCACUAGAAUAUAUUAGCAUGAAAACAUUAUGAUAUUUCGGAACUAUAGUAAAGCCAAAAUAUUGACUCUAAAUAUGACCUGCACGUAGCGAUACUGAUUUUUAAGACGAAGUAAAGAUUCCAUAUACUGUAAAAAAACUAAAUUUAAAAUUAAGUUUACAUUUUGUGCAUAUUUUUGGUGAAUUAAGUCGACGUCGAUAAAAGUUUAAAGCAAUAAAUAGCCACAUUAAAUGUUGGAAAACAUAGUAAAAUAAUUAUAAAUUAAUAAAAAAAGGGGCCUCACGCUGUAUUAUAAAUUGUUGUCUAAAUGAAAAACGUCGAUUUAAAAAGUAUCGGAUGUAAAUUAUUAGUUGUAAAAGGUGAUUGUUUCUACGAUAAUGCAUUGCGUGACUUAAAAAGGCACUUUGUAACGUUUAGCCGUAGUCCACUUUUAUAUAGAUAAUCGUUAUUUAAGCGCAUGUUUAAGUCAUGGGUGCUACAAAUAAGGAUUUAAAAUUAAUUCACACUGUUUAUUGAUAUAUAGACAAUACAGUCAGGGAUCCGUACAACAUUUUUUACAACUAAUUACUAACAAGUUAAUUUUUCGUGAAUAGCUUCAUCUCGAUGUGACGAUCAACUUUUUGACCAGGAAAUAAAAAUUUCUAAGCGUCAAAACGAGAUAAUGUACCACGCAAUUUGCAGAACAUUUUGGCUGUUAAAUUGUAUAACUAUUAAUUAAGCAACAGUAAAAAACAGCUGGUUAGUAACAACUUUUAAUAACCUCGUAAUUGAUACAAGUUGGGAGUAGGGUAGUGUAUCAAAAGUUAAAAGUUAAUUAAUAGUUUCUAGAUAACUUAGUUAGCUACCAGAAUCAAGGACAAGGAAAAAGUUGAUCGUCUCAUCGAGAUGAAGCUACCUACGAAAAAUUAACUUGUUAGUAAUCAGUUGUGAAAAAUGUUCUACGGAUCCCUGACCAGUACAUUUUAGUCUUCUCCCGCGCAGUACAAGGAUGUGACAACAGAUGGGAACAAGCGAGUUAUAAUUUGUAUAGUAAUAAGCAUUGAUAGACCAAGCAGAUAACACUUGAUGGUAAGUGAAAUCGUCUAUAUACAAAGCAAUACUUCGCGUGCUUGUCGUAGGUCUCAGAUUAAUUACAUAAGGACUAGUAUUACGUCUUAAAGUCAUUAACAAAAUUGUCUGUAAUUUUUUGAGGAGAAUACGAGCUUACAUUAAGUAUAUAACUUAGAAGUUGUUGAAACUACACAAAAGGGUAUUUUUACGGAGCUCUAUAACCGACGAGCACACACAACUAUGAAACAUCUAUUCUAUAGAGACAGGAAAAUCGCAUUAGAUCGUUGAUCAUAUUAUACUUUGACAAAAAAACAGUUGGGCAGGUCCUUAUGUUAUUAGUCUGAGACGUAGAAUGUAGAUGUUUAGCCUCGUGUGGACACCGGCAAUCAGUCCCUUUAGACCGGAACACGACAAUGUUACAAGUCAAAUCUAUUUCCCAAAGAAGGUAAUGUACUUACGGAAGCAAGAAAACGAGUAGCUGGAGGGAAUGGGAAUAUUGGUCAUAUUUAAAAAAGAUAUGGCAAAUAUUCUUUUUUAAAAAAAAGAAUGAAGAUAUACGCGUGCCGUUCGCUUCUCGCUUGUCCCCUCUGACGUCAUACCCCCGCACCCCUGUACCACACGUGUGAGGACUCGGUUAUAUAGUUUACCUGUAGUUGAUUUGCGCAUGUACUUUACAUUAAUUAAACAAUUUUUAGAGUGGUUUACCUAUUGUAAAAAAAACGGAGCUCUUAUAAGAUCACUUUGUUGUCUGUCUGUCUUUCAACAUACUUUAUUUCGGUAAGUAUUACAUACUGGAAACCAUAACCUUCAGAUCAAAACACGGCGGUGCUGCAUGGCUCGACUUCCUCUGCUACAAAAAGUAUAAGUGUAUCAAAUAACGUAUUUCAAACGCACUAUAAUUGUAAAACUAUUUAUAGAAAUAGCUAAGUAUUAACAUUGAAUGAAGAAAUCAUUUAUUUGUUUGUCUUCAUGUGAGUUGUAGCAUAGACAAAAAUAGAGAACCAUUUAAAAUGGGUCAGUUGUAAACCAAAGACACGAAAGUAAUUUUUUUUUCUUUUUGAAAUUGUAUUCAAAAUGACGGCGGAAACGCGUCGGUGUUUUUUUGAUCUAUGAGCAAAUAGUUUAACAACAGAGAUAUUUUUAAUUAGUUUUUUGGUGAGAAAGAUCUAAAAUAUGUCUGACAUAAAAAUAUGAAACUUCGGCUGAAUUUUAAGUGUAAGUUUAUUAUCUUUAAUUAAAAUUGAGUGCAUAGAAAUUCUAAUCAGUCAAAUCUUUAAAAACAACAAUGAAUUGUAUUUUUUUGCAAAAUAAACCUAAUUUAUUUUCACAUUGGGGGUAGAGCGACACUGUUUUUUAUAAAUAAAAUUGUGCUAAAUGUUAGUCUAGCAAUUAAAAAAGUUUAUGUAAAAUGGCUGUGAAAUGCAGACAGACAUGCAGGGCCCCUUGUGAACAUAAUUUGUGCCCAAUUAGAAAAUAAAACUUAUUUAAUGAGGAAAAACUGACCUUUUCGUUAUUUUUUGUAAAGGAAUAGGAAAAACCUUUAGGCUAUUUGCAAGUACCCAGAUUACCCAUAUGGUAAAGAUGUUACUAAAGACAUGGUAAAAAUACAAGGCAUCCUUGUAUGGUAAUAUUAUUGUACUACUAUAACGUAACUUAGUUACAUGUGGAGGAAUUUUUAAAGUUAAUUUUAGUACAUAAGCAAAUGAGUUCUUAAUAAUUGGAAUGUUGUUUUUGUUUUGUGAAUUGCACAAAAAAUAUUCCGUCUAAUUAAAGGGCAAAUAAAUAAAAUAGUAGGUAUCUUUUUAUCAGUGAAAAUUGAAUAUGUUGUGUGUAUGUUUAAAUUGAUACCUAGUCUUUAUUCUUGUAUUCAAUAUGCCCAUUUUACCUUUGUGUUAAAAUGAUUAAAAUACAAGGUAACCUUGUAUUAUAUGGUACUUGGUAGUCUUGAAAUCUAACUUUGUUACUUGUGGGGGAAUUUUGGGAGUUAAUUUUGGUAAAUAAGCAAACCAAUCCUUAAUGGAAUAUUUUAUUUGUGAAUUGCACAACAAAAUAUUCCGUCUAAAUAUAAAAUUAAUAGUGAUGUUUUUUUUUAUUUCAGGGAGAACUAUGUUUAAAUUGUUAGUUUUUAGUCUUGCAUUUAAUUUCAUGUGAAAUAUUGUGUGUUGCAUGCGUUUUUGGUAUGAUUUGUUUAAUGUUAGGUGUAAUUUAUAUAGCCAUAUUAGGUAUACGACAGUCUUUUAUUUUUUAGAGUAAUCGUAAAGUGAUUAACAUUAGUGCUAAAGUAUGUUAAAAACAAAACAAAAUUGGCAGAUCUAAUAAACAUGGCGCUAUCUUUUUCUGAUCGGAACAUUGUGAAAAAGAUAACACUAUUUAUUUAUGUCUGUCAUAACAAAUGCGUUUAGAAAUUGGUUCUCAAUUGGCGCUAUUGUUUUGCGUAAGAAAAGGCUUAAUUAUAAAUUCUACAUUUGAAUUGUACGUUUAAAUUUCAAUGUUAUGAUGUGUGGGGUAAAAAAAUCUCUAUUUUUAAUAAUGUACCUUCUAUUGAAUGAUGUUGUAACGAAUUAGAUUAAUGAACUAGGUUAAAAAACUGUUAAAUACUAUUAUGUAUAUUCUAUUCGAUGAUUAAGACCAACUCACUCAGAGUUGUUCUUUCAAUGAAUUGUAAUAUUUAAAGGGGGUUUUUCACAAUAUUGUCAAAUUAAAAAAAUAUAUACAUAUAUUGACAAUAGAAUUUUUGAACAAAUAAAAAACAUGGCAAAAUUAA